AUGGAUUUUAAAAUAUCUAUAUCAAUCCCACCUGAUAAUCCACCAGUUGCACAAGUUGAUCAUGCAGGUGUUGAAUAUCCAUCAAUUCAAAUUUCAAAAUCAGAUAAAUUUAUUCAAAUUUUGAAUCAAGCAAAACAUCAAAAAGAAAUUGAACAAAUUAAAUUAAAUGAUAAUAAAAACAAUGAAAAUAAUAAUUUACAAGAUAAAGAGAAAGAAAAAGAAAAAGAAAAAGAAAGACAAUUACAAAUUCAACAACAGCAACAACAAGUCAAUCCAAUGAUAUCAUUUCAUGAACAUAAAAAUAUGGCACGUAUUGAAUUGGAACAAUUGAUUUAUUUAAUUGAUAUGUUGAGAAAUAGUGACCAAAUUCAAUUGAAUGGUAAUACUAAAACACCUCAAAAACCAAUUGAACAAAUUUGGGAAAUCACUCAUAGAAUAUCACAUAAACAGCAAUCAUUGAAUAAUGUUGCUUCGAAAUUAAAGUUGGGUGCAACUAAAAUGAAGGAUACAAUUUCUACAAUGUCAGGUUGGUGGAAUGAUGUUUCACAACUUCGUACUAAAUGGAGACUAAAAGGGAAAGAACAAACUGGUUUAAGCAGUGCAAUUGCCAAUAGUAUGAGUGGCGGUGGUGGAGGAGGGGGUGGUAGUGGCGGAGUGGGUGGUGUUGGGGUGGGCGGUGUUGGAGUGGGUGGUAUUGGUGGGGUGGUCGGUGGUGGAGGUCUAGGUAAUGUCGGAGGACUUGGCGGUGGCAUCGUGGGCGGCGUUGGUGGCGUUGCCGUUGGCGGUGUUGCCGUCGGUGGUAUGGUUGGGGCCAAUGGGGGAGGUAUGGUUGGCAGUGGUGGAAUUCAACCUGGCCUAAACAAAUCCAAUGCAAAACGUUUAUCAAUUGAUUACGGUUACUAUUCAUCGGGUUCAUUCAUUGAACAAACUGAUGCUGAUCUAUCAAGAGGACCAAAUGGUGAGAUCAAUAUUGAUUUCCCUCAUUUACCCUACCAAGGCUCAAUCAAUAAAAGACUCUAUAUCAAUGUUAAAUCAUCAGAUUCUAAAACUUUUUUUAAUCAUUCAUCAAAUUUAAAAAAAUUACCAUCAAUUCCAUAUCAACAAUUAUUAAAUAGUGCAACAAAUAGUAACAACAACUCUAAUAGAGUCAACACCCCAAAAACACCAACUUCAUCAUUUCCAUCAACCUCAUCAUCGGCUUUCAAUAAACUUAGACAACAACAAUUACAACAACUACAACAACAACAACAAUUACAACUUGAAAAUUCAGAUGAUCCAGAAGAAAUUCAUAGAAAAUUCAUAAUAAAUUGUACGAAUCAAUUAAAUAAAGCUCAAAAAUAUCAAUUCAAUUAUGAAAUUUUUGAACAAUUAUCAAAAGAAGUCUCAACUAUAAACACCUCAAAUAGUCAAAAUUUAAUUGGUGGUGGUAUUGGUGGUGUUAAUAUUGGUGGUGGUAAUGUUGGUGUUGGUGGUAAUGUUGGUGGAAACGUUGGUGGUGGUGGUGGUGGUAAUACAAACUAUCAAACAUCACCAAAUAUUCCAUCGAAUCAACAAGUUGGUACAUUUCAAGUUGGUGGUAGUGGUGUCGGUAGUAAUUUAAUAACAAUGAAUCCAUCAUUAAAUGCAAAUACAAGUAGUGAAAAUAUAAUGUUUAACUGAAAAAGAAAUUAGAAUUGAAUGUGGUAAUUUCAAUUUAUUCAUUGGUAUGGAUACAAAAGUUAAAGAAGAUAAUAAUAAUAAUAAUAAUAAUACAAAUUCAAAUACAAAUACAAAUUGUAAAAUUAAAAAUAAUACUAGUAAAAAUAUAAUUUAUUCAGAUGAAGAAAAGAAUAGAUUAUUAUUUGUUUUAAAAACAAUUUUAAAAAAGAUAUCAGUUAUGCAAUUGAAAAGAUCACAAAAACAAUUGACAUUCAAUCUUUCAAGAAGAACUCCAAAGAUUAUAUUUGGUAAGAAAUCAAUCAUUGGUUAUAAUGAUGAUAUCAUUUUUAAGAUCACUUCAAUCGUUAAACAUAUGGAUACUUAUUUAAGAGUUUAUAAAGUUUUGGAAAUUUUUGAAAGAAAUUUACCAAUUCGUUUAAAAUCAACACCUGCUGCUGAAAGUGCUUCGUCAUUAUUUAUUUUAACUUUAAUUGAUUCUUCUCAGAAUUUAAAGAAUCCAAUGGUACCAAUUGAAAUUUCAAUUAACCAAAAUAAGAUUGAAGUUAUUCAAGGUCAAAAUAGGUCAUUUUCAAAUAAGGAUGAAAUUAUAUUGGGUAGUUUUAUUAUUAAUUUAUUAAAAUCUUACUUUUUAAAUAAUAAUAUUCAUCCAUCUCAUUUGGAUAUUGUUGGAUUCGAUGAAAAUGAUGAACAAGACCAAAAUAAUAUUAAUAAUAAUAUCAAUAACCAACCAAAAAGAUAUAAAUUUUCAAAUGAUCAAUCAUCAAUUAUUUUGGCGAAUAAUAAUAAUAUUAAUAUAAAUAAUAAUAAUAUAAAUAAUAAUAGUAAUUUUGAUGAUAAUUUUAUUAAAUCAAAUAGAAAUUACCAAAUAGAAAAAUUUUUCAAAGGUUUAGUGGACGAAAUUUCAAAUAAAUAA